AAGGGGGAUAAAGGGGCGAAGCGGGAGACAAUCUUUUCAGUUACCCGGGCCCCCAGCCGGAAUUGCGAUACUCGGCUUAGGUGCUUCUGUCCAGCUAGAGCGGCGCAUUCCGAGGUCGGCUCCAGCAAUGGCCUUUGCAAAUCUACGGAAAGUGCUCAUCAGUGACAGCCUAGAUCCUUGCUGCCGGAAGAUCCUGCAAGAUGGAGGGCUGAAGGUGGUGGAGAAGCAGAAUCUGAGUAAAGAAGAGCUGAUAGCCGAGCUGCAGGACUGCGAGGGGCUUAUUGUCCGCUCUGCCACCAAGGUGACCGCUGAUGUCAUCAAUGCGGCAGAGAAGCUCCAGGUGGUGGGCAGGGCCGGCACAGGCGUGGACAACGUGGAUCUGGAGGCCGCAACCAGGAAGGGAGUCCUGGUCAUGAACACCCCCAAUGGAAACAGCCUCAGCGCUGCUGAGCUCACCUGUGGGAUGAUCAUGUGCCUGGCCAGGCAGAUCCCCCAGGCGACAGCUUCCAUGAAGGACGGCAAAUGGGAGCGAAAGAAGUUCAUGGGGACAGAGCUGAGUGGAAAGACCCUGGGAAUUCUUGGCCUGGGCAGAAUUGGGAGAGAAGUGGCCACCCGGAUGCAGUCCUUUGGGAUGAAGACUGUAGGGUACGACCCCAUCAUUUCUCCAGAGCUCUCUGCCUCCUUUGGAGUUCAGCAGCUGCCCCUGGAGGAGAUCUGGCCCCUCUGUGACUUCAUCACUGUGCACACACCUCUCCUGCCCUCCACGACAGGCUUGCUGAAUGACAGCACCUUUGCCCAGUGCAAGAGGGGGGUGCGCGUGGUGAACUGUGCUCGGGGGGGGAUUGUGGACGAAGGUGCCUUGCUCCGGGCCCUGCAGUCUGGCCAGUGUGCUGGAGCCGCGCUGGACGUGUUUACAGAAGAGCCACCACAGGACCGAGCCCUGGUGAACCACGACAAUGUCAUCAGCUGCCCCCACCUGGGCGCCAGCACCAAGGAAGCCCAGAGCCGCUGCGGGGAGGAUAUCGCUGUCCAGUUCGUGGACAUGGUGAAGGGGAAAUCCCUGGUGGGGGUUGUGAACGCCCAGGCCCUCACCAGCGCCUUCUGUCCACACACUAAGCCUUGGAUUGGUCUGGCGGAAGCUCUGGGGACGCUGAUGCGAGCCUGGGCUGGGUCCCUCAAAGGGACCAUCCAGGUGGUGACACAGGGAGCAUCCCUGAAGAACACUGCAAACUGCCUGGGCCCCGCAGUCGUUGUCGGCCUCCUGAAAGAAGGAUCCAGUCAGAUGGAUGUGAACUUGGUGAAUGCCAAGUUGCUGGUGAAAGAGGCUGGGCUCAAUGUGACCACCUCCCACAGCCCAGCGGCGCCAGGGGAGCAGGGCCGUGGGGACUGCCUCCUCACCGUGGCCCUGGCCGAUGCCCCCUACCAAGCUACGGGCUUGGUCCAGGGCACCACACCUGUGCUACAGACACUCAACGGAGCUGUCUUUAGGCCAGAAGUGCCUCUCCGCCGAGGCCUGCCCCUGCUCAUGUUCCGGGCUCUGCCCUCCAGGCCUGAGAUACUGCUUACCAUGAUUGGCCUCCUGACAGAGGCGGGCGUGCAGCUACUGUCCUACCAGACCUCGGUGGAGUCGGAUGGGCUGCCCUGGCACGUCAUGGGCAUCUCCUCUCUGCUGCCCAGCCUGGAGGCCUGGAAACAGCACGUGACCGAGGCCUUCCAGUUCUACUUCUAAACUUGGAGCUUGUGGGUCCCAGCCUCUGGGGCUUUUCUGAAGAAACCUUCCCACUGAGCUCGACAAGGAGAGAAGAUCCUCAUUCCCUGGGCUGACACUGCUUAUAUCUGACCCCUGUAGUGCGGCCAUCACCUAAUAAAGAGCCUACCCUGAC